CAUUUUUAUGUUUUUUUAGUAAAAUUUCAAAGUAUAAAAAGAUGAAAAUUUCCACAAGGGGAACAUUUUUCUCCUGAAAUUCAUAAAUAUUCGUGUUUUUUUUAUCAAAAUUUCUGAUUUUUUCUCUUGCAAAUUUUCAACUUUUCAAGCUCGAACAUUACCCAAAAAUACUCUAAACAUUUCUGAGAUUAGCUAAUCUAAACAUUUCUGGGCUUUUUGGCAUAAAUGUGAUCCUUCAUUUUCAUUUCUUCUGUCUAAAAUGUCCCCAAUAGGCCAUUGUACUGUCCUGACGUCAUGAAAUCCCAGUAGUUUGCAGGUUUCUAGUUGUGGGAAAAGUUGAACCAGCAUGAAAACUGUUGAGUCUAAUUUAGACUCCAUCCUCCAGACCACAACAGGUGCCUCCCCUCCUCCUCCACCUGUCUCCCCCUUUCCGCGGCGCGCUGGCCGUGACCCAGAAAGCAGCCGUCAUUCUGCAGAAAUGGUAUGCCGCCCGCUCGGUUCGGUCACCGGAUCGGCGGCAGCUGCUGAGCCCCGUCCCCCCCGGGGCUAUUUUCACCCGCCGGAUAAAGUGCCGCAGCUCGGCGGGAUUCGGCGCAGAUCAGCGGCAGGAUGAAGUCCCGCACAGACGGCUGCGCCUCAGAGCUGGACACCGACACGGACAGCUCCGAUGGGAAGUCCACGGGCGGCUGCAGCCCGCCCCGGGAGUCCGGGGAGAGACUGGAGGCGGAGGGCGGAUGCCCCGUUACGGCGAGGCGGCGACGGCGGCGCAGGAGCGGCGUGGGCGGCGGCAGAGACGCGCGGCUGUCCGGCGUCAGCAAACAGCGGCAGGCGGCAAACGCGCGGGAGAGAGACAGGACGCACAGCGUGAACACGGCCUUCACCGCGCUGCGGACGCUCAUCCCCACCGAGCCCGCGGACCGGAAGCUGUCCAAGAUAGAGACACUGCGCCUGGCCUCCAGCUACAUCUCCCACCUGGCCAACGUGCUGCUGCUGGGGGAGGACUGCCGGGACGGGCAGCCCUGCCUCCGGUACCAAGACAUGAUCCUGCACGGCCCCGCGGUGCUCAGCGGCCCCUCCCUGCGGCCCAUCUGCACCUUCUGCCUCGGCAACCAGAGGAAACAGCUCAGAGAUGGAAGGAAACACUCCUCUUCUGUGUGAAACGAAGCGGCUCUGGACAGACCCGGAGUCCACCUGAUGUUUACAGUCUAAACUUUGUAAAUACAUAUUUAUUUUUUUAACAUACUACAGGACAAAAAUGACUUUUUGAGCGCUUUCUGUCCAGCUCGGUGUGUUUCUGGACCUCAGUGUUUUGACUGAGACGUAACCCGAGUCUGUGUGCGCAGCUGCACCUGACGUGGGGCUAUUUUUAUCCCCACCGAUAGUACAAACUACCCCCUGAGCCACCACCACCAAGUGUACCUCCUAAAAAGAAGCCGGUCACCUUCAGUGCAGUAGUUGCUGUCAGUUUACUGGUGGCUGCCUUCAGCAGUGCUGUCCAUUGCUACUGCCUCUAGUGGUGGACAUCAGUAAUUGCAUAUAGGAGAAAAUCAAUUAGUUACCUAAAGAGACGGGUUGGUUGGCCUGUUAUGCCUUGUGUCUUCCUUGUGCCUGAGUGAGUUUUCUACAUGUUCACUGAACAAAAACAUGGCUGUUAGCUUAAAUUGUUCCUCUGAACCAGAAAAGUGUCCAACUGUAGUUCUCAACAGCUACUAUCCAACUUCUCCAAGACACCUAAUUCCAGUGAUUAACGUGUUACUAUUUGGUAUCUGGUUUGCAUUACCUCCACCUACUGGUGUGCAGUGUCGUUACUAGGCCUUCUUCUUGUGGCGUUUAUUUGGCGAUUAUAACUUAAUGGCGCAUUACUGCCGCCAACUGGUAAGGGGUGUGGAUCAGGAUUCUAACAUUUACACCAAAUAAUAGUUUAAAAAUAUUAAUUAAAUCCUUAAAACUAAGCCUGUACACAAAAGAAACUGCAAUAUAACUUUCCUUAUAUUUCUAAAAAUGUAGCAUAAUGUAUUUGACUGCCUCUUCCUAUUAUAAAGAGUGCUAAUUCAGUGUGUCUAAAAAAGUUGAUUUUAUUGUAGAUGGAAAUAUGAACCUUCAGUCUCAAACCGUAUUCUGCCUACUGAAAAUAAUUCGACUGGGAAGCAUGGAUUAAAAGAUUACAUUGCGCUAACAAAAUUAAUGUGUUAAUGUGAAAGCAAUGAAAGUGAAAAGAUUCGAAAGAGGAGUCUAUUCUUAACCAAGACUUCAAUGUAGCUAGCUAGUUAGCUACACUGAAGCUACUUUUCAAUAUGAUCAGACAAUAGGCAACCCUGAAUCACUAACAAAUUUUUGAUGUGGCUAGCUAGAGGCUAGCUAGUUUUUAAUAUAUCAAGCUAGCUAACCUGAAGCUAGCUAGUUUUCAAUAUGGCAACAUUGGAACUCUAGUUUUUGAUGUGACUAGCUAGAAGCUAGCGAGUUUUCAAUAUCAAACUGGCUGUACUGAUGUACUGAAGCUGGCUGGCCUACUAGAUGCAGUGGUAGAUUAAUUGUACAUUUGAUUUAUAUGUAAAAGUCAGAUUUUCUGGGUGUAAGUUGGAAAGAUCAACUAAAAUAUUUUCCCAAGUUGGACAUCGGUGAGACAGCACAUGUUCAAUAUCCAACAUGGCUCCCUCUAGCUAGCACACAUCUUUUAAGAAAAGGCAGGUUUAUAAUUUUGUUUCUGACAUACCAGAAACUCAGAUGUUUAUAAAUGUGACAUUUUUAUUGUGGGUAUUUUCUUAACCUGUUUCAAAUAUUUUUAUGAUUAGUCGUGACUUGAUUUCACUGCACACUGUUCAGACAUAUUAAAGUGUUGAAAAGUUUACUACUGCAAUGCUGCACAGUCACUUUGAUGCACAAGAUGUGCAUCAGACUGCCUUUUGCACUUUUAUGGAAAAUUUAAAAAUGUGAUAUUAAACUCAUGUGGAUCCCUUUGAUAUUUAUGAUACAGCACUAAACUAUUACUGGGAAAUUUUGCCCUCUACCUCAGAUCUGUUUUAAAUACGAAGGCCUACCUCUGAUCGAAAUUAAUAACAGGACUGUAAACAAAUACUUGAAUGUCAGACUUGUCUGUCCUUUGCACAUUGAACAAAACUGUUGAAAUUUAUUUUUGUACAAAAAAAAUAAACUUUAUCAACCAGUCUUUGUACAUUUCUUUCCAAUAGUAAUCUGAAGAUUUUUUGACUAAUCAAUAAGUGUCAUCAAUACCACAAUUUUUAAUGUACACUUGGUUUAUUCAAACACAUCAGUUUUAUAUUUUAGUAAAUCUAUAUAUUGUUUAAAAUAUUUCUUAUAUGCACCUAUACAUUAAAGUUUUAGUAAAGUAGCAAAGCAGAUUAAGCUAGAUGGGAAGAGCCUGCUAAUGGUGGGCGGGGCUUGAUCAGAUCAAUCAGAACUGGUUAUAAGUAGCCACUAGAAACCUUUGUACUAUGAACUUAACGUUUAAUUUAUUGCAGUAAAAGACAACAAAUUCAGCAAAAAGCGUUUCAAUAAUCUUUAUUUCAUAAAAAAGUCAAAUUGGUUUAUAUCAGAUUAAAGAAAGUAUAAACUGACGAUAAUCAGGUAGCUGGCGAGGCAUUUUACAGGGCGGGGGCUGGUUGGGGCGUUUCUUCAGACGGACUGAGCAGAAACAGGAAAAAAAAAGGAAAUAAAAAACUGAGUUUGCCAAAAGAAAAAAAAAA